AUGACGCUGGAGACGGACGGCGAGGACCAGGUGUUUGUUUUGCUCUGUCGCCGCGUCCCUGUCCUCGAGAUUGUAGAUUGUGCAAUCCCACACGCCACAACCUACAACCUAACGAUGGGACCAAGCUUUUGGUCAUGCUGUGUUCCGCUGAACGCGCUGGGCAACCCUGUGUUCGAGAAGUUCCUCGCGCACGUCAACGUGAACUUGCCAAGCUCCGGGCAUCUGGCUGAGCACAUACCUUUGAUCCUAGAGGAGGAGCAAGCCAAGAUACGCGAUGAGAUGGGCGACCGACCUAACGCGUUGUGCUUCGAUGCCACUCCCUACCUCUGCGAGUGGUUCAGGGUUGGGGUUCGAUUCAUCAACGCAAGUGGGCAGGUGGCACAGCGUGUUCUGCGGUUGAGCAUGCUGAAGAAGAGCAUGACGGCGGACGACAUUGCUGGUGAGGUCACCCGCAUCGUCACCCAUGAGUAUGGCCUCGACCCGGUUAAGUGCCGAGCCAUCAAGCGUGACAGCUGCGCGGCAAACCUUCUAGCCAUGGACGCGCUGGCGAAGUUGUUCAGAUACGCGGUCGUCAUCAGCUGCUUGCCCCCCACAUUCAACAACAUCGCCAAGCAGCUGUGCACCCCGGAGUUGGACACGUUCCUUGGCAAGAUGCACACCCUGCUCUCGCACAGCGCUGGAGCGAAGGCGCUCUUCAAAGAGAAAGUCGGAGUCCGCGCCCCAUCGACGCCUGGACACCGGUGGGGCUCCAGAUUCGAUCGUGACUACAUCAUCGCCAUGAAUUGGCCGGGAGUGUUGAAGUUCAUCGCCGCCUACGAGAGUGCAGACACGGACAAGAGCAAGGCGGCGAAGUUCAUGAGGGAUGAGCUAGUGCGAGUUCGCGACGACAACAAGGCCCAGAGCUUAGUUCUCCAGUUGCACCUGGCUCUGAUGGUGGACGUCGGUUGUUCCGUGACUUCAGCAACUAUCGUCCUGGAGGGCGACGAGCCGUUUGACGACUUGGACACCCUCCGCCAGUACGCACACGACAGGGUCGGACGCCACUCCCAAGCGAGGGAGGCCAAGACCUUGGAGAUGUUCAAGGCCGCGAAGCUGACGGACUUCGUGUUCAUGAAAAGCAAGAAGUACUCCGAUGACACCAUGCGCAGCCUCAAGGUGCUCCCGUUCGUCAAGAGCAAGAUGGUCAGGGGGCUUUUGAAGGAGAAGGAAGACUACUACAUGGCGGCCAGUGACACAGACAUCGAGGAUGAGCUAGUGCGAGUUCGCGACGACAACAAGGCCCAGAGCUUAGUUCUCCAGUUGCACCUGGCUCUGAUGGUGGACGUCGGUCGUUCCGUGACUUCAGCAACUAUCGUCCUGGAGGGCGACGAGCCAUUGGCGCACAAGACGUACAACGUCGUGGAGCGGUUCCGCAGCAAGUUUGAGCUAGCUGAAGACGGUGUUUUCUCAGAGGAUGUCUCCUUGCCCACCGUCGCUGCUCUUCUCGACCAAGUAGUCGGUCAAGGAGACGACCUGGACGACUUGGACACCCUCCGCCAGUACGCACACGACAGGGUCGGACGCCACUCCCAAGCGAGGGAGGCCAAGACCUUGGAGAUGUUCAAGGCCGCGAAGCUGACGGACUUCGUGUUCAUGAAAAGCAAGAAGUACUCCGAUGACACCAUUCGCAGCCUCAAGGUGCUCCCGUUCGUCAAGAGCAAGAUGGUCAGGGGGCUUUUGAAGGAGAAGGAAGACUACUACAUGGCGGCCAGUGACACAGACAUCGAGUACGGCCACAUGGCGUUCUGGGAUGACAACAAGAAACGGCUGCCUACGUGGCACGCCUUGGUGUUGGAUGUUGCUCUUUUGCAACCAUGCUCUGCAUUCAUGGAACGAGUGUUUUCCAUCCUGCGGUGUUGCUUUAAUGAACGGCAGGAGCACGUGUACACCGACCUUAUUGGCGCUGCUCAAGUACAACAGGGGCCGGGCCCAGAGUAGCAGCUCAGCAGAGAAGACGGGUAGCGCCGAAGAUGCCAACAGCGGCGGCGGUAGCGACCAGAGCGAUGGCAGCGAUGAAGAAAGCGACUGAUGGCCUGUGUUUCACUUUCGUGUAGAUGUCUUACUUGUUCGUAGUUGGUGGGUCAGUACCUGUCCAGAUGUGUGUGUUUUUGCCCCGACGUGAGCGUGCAUGCCAUGCGAAACUUCGAAGUAUCGAAGCAUCAUAGUAUUCCAUUUCGUUGUUGAUUUGUAUUAUAACUGAGGGCUGGGAAUAUUGCAUGUACACACCAGCGUCACAUGCAAGAUGUAGUUUGUACAAAAAUAAGAGAAGGACGAAGGACAAAUCAUUUCGCUUUUCGC